AUGUCAACUGUAGAGGUGAGAUCAAAUCGUAUGGAGCUUCUUGCCAUGAUUUGGUUCUACUGCUGUGUUGUACUGAAAACUAGUAGUGCAACAGACACCAUGUUUCCAAAUCAGCCUCUCAAGGAUGGUGACACCCUUGUUUCAGAAGCUGAAAUAUUUGAACUGGCAUUCUUUGGCCUCGGGAAUUCAACUUCUCGGUACCUAGGGAUACGGUAUAAGCAUGUGCCAGACAGUAACAUCGUAUGGGUUGCUAAUAGAGAGGUUCCACUUGUUGACCGCACGGGUGUACUCAAAAUCAAUGACCAUGGAACUUUACAGCUUCUCAAUAUUAGCAAUACCUCAAUUUGGUUAUCCCAAUCCUCCAAAACAACAAGUAAGAAUCCAGUUGCACAGCUAUUGGAUUCUGGAAAUCUAGUCAUCAGAGAUGAUAUCAGUGGUGACAUGAUUUGGCAAAGCUUUGAUCAUCCUGGAGACACUUGGCUACCAGGAAUGAAAAUCGGUGUGGACCGUGUAAUGGGCACAAAAAGGAGGCUGACAUCAUGGAAGACUUCUGAUGACCCUUCAUCAGGUUCUUAUUCAAGGGUUGGAUAUUGGAAUGGGCUGGGGUUUACUGGGUUGCAUGGUUUGGAACGCAACAUCUUCUAUGCGUUUGACUUUGUUUCGACUGAUGAGGAGAAUUACUACAACUUCACACUGUUAGACAGUUCAUAUCUUACGAGGGUAAGAUUGGAUCAACAAGGCAACAUUUUGCAGUUUGUUUGGGACAAGACAGAUGAAAAAUGGAGGGUAUAUAUGGAGCUUUUCGUGGAUGCUUGUGACAGGUACGCUAUAUGUGGUUCUUAUGGAAGCUGUAACAUCAAUAAUGUGCCAGCAUGUGUGUGUUUACAAGGAUUUGAACCAAAGCUGCCAAUGGAAUGGUCCUUAGCAGACUGGUCGAAUGGGUGUAAGCGUAGAAUAUCUGCGACUGAUGAAAAUGGGGAAAACUUCAGGAAAUUUACAAACCUGAAAUUGCCCGACUCAAGUGGUCAGGUGAGCUGUUUGACAUCAGAGACGCUCCGGAAGGAGAUGUUUCAGGGCAAGUAUCUACAUAAAAAUGUCCAACACCAACAACUUAAUUCCAAGAAGAAGAAGUCGAACACGAAUCUUAAAGUGACCAUGUCAAUAGUAUUUGCAGUGGUUCUGCUUGGCUUUGCUCUCAUAAUAUAUGUAUAUGCUUGGAGAAGGAAGAAGAAAUCACAUGUUAGGGCAAACAAGAACAAGAAGCAAGAUUCUGAUCUACCUUUGUUCAGCUUGAGUAAGAUAAUUAAGGCCACCAGUAACUUUUCAAUCCACAAUAAGCUAGGACAAGGAGGUUUCGGUGCAGUUUACAAGGGCGUGCUUGAUGAAGGAGGAGAAAUAGCUGUGAAGCGGCUUUCAAAGACAUCAAAGCAGGGACUUGAUGAAUUCCAGAAUGAAGUUAUACAAAUAUUCUGCAGGGGUUACAUCUCUCCAAAGUAUGCAGCAAAUGGGCUUUUCUCAGUGAAAUCAGAUGUAUUUAGCUUUGGUGUUUUCGUGUUGGAGAUUGUGAGUGGGAAGAAAAACAGAGGAUUCUCUCAUCAAGAUCACCAUGAUAACCUUCUCGGGCAUGAAGACAAGCCUCUGGAGCUGGUUGACACAGCCUUAGGGGACUCGUGGAUUGUUUCUGAAGUAUUGCAAUCAAUACAUGUUGGUUUAUCAUGUGUGCAACAACAUGCAGAUGAUAGGCCAAUUAUGUCCUCUGUGAUUCAUAUGCCGAGUGGUGAGGGUGCACUACCUCCACCACAACCACCUGGCUUUUUCACACAAGUGCCUAAGCCUGAAGUUAAGUCUAGCUUAAUCAUGCCAGAAGUGUUGGUUUCAAUCAAUGAAGUCACAAUUACACAAUUUGAUGCUCGAUAA